CACAGUCUAAUCAGGCAUGCAGCUUGAUCAUUGCCAAAGUCCUGACACUUUGGACCCAUCAUGGAGACAGGAAAGCAACUAACAGGCACACUAGCUGUGGCAGUGUUUGCAGCCACUUUGGGUUCCCUACAGUAUGGAUAUAGUCUUGGAGUCAUCAAUGCACCCCAAAAGAUCAUUGAAAAUCAUUAUGGCCGGUCCCUGGGUGUGUGGACAGAGAGGGCUGCUGGUUUGUCAGAAAACAGCACAGAAGUAGAGGCAGGUCACGACCCCACUGUGAUCAUGUAUUGGUCACUGUCAGUGUCAAUCUUCUCCAUCGGUGGCAUGAUAUCCUCCUUCUUGGUUGGAUUUGUGGGAGAUUUGAAAGGAAGGGUAAAGGGGAUGUUAAUGGUCAAUGUUCUGGCUGUAGCAGCUGGCCUGCUUAUGGGGCUUUGCAAAAUGUGGAAGCCACACAUCAUGGUCAUCUCAGGCCGUGCUGUUAUGGGCUUUUAUUGUGGGUUAACAUCUGGGCUAGUGCCUAUGUACAUUGGGGAGAUUGCACCUAAGGCUUACAGAGGGGCUCUGGGAGCAUUGCACCAGCUGGCUAUUGUCAUUGGCAUUCUAAUAAGCCAGGCACUAGGUUUGGAUUUUGUGCUUGGUAAUGAUGACAUGUGGCCCCUGUUGCUCGGCCUAUCUGGAGCUCCAGCAGUAUUACAAUCCCUUCUGCUGCCUCUUUGUCCCGAAAGUCCACGUUACCUUUACAUCCUACUGGGCAAGGAGCAAGAGGCUCGAAAAAGUCUGUAUCGUCUAAAGGGCCAACAUGAUCUAACUUCUGAUCUGGAAGAGAUGAGAAGAGAAAAAGAAGAGGCAGACAGGGAGCCCAGAGUCUCUAUCCUGUCUUUGAUCUGCUCCUCUGUGUACAGAAAGCAGCUAUUUGCUGCCCUCAUGAUGCACCUCUCCCAGCAGUUUUCUGGCAUCAAUGCUAUCUUUUACUACUCUACUGCUAUCUUCACUCGAGCUGGUGUCGGUCAUCCAGUUUAUGCCACCAUAGGAGUCGGGGUUAUCAACACAAUCUUCACUCUGGUGUCUGUUGCACUGGUGGACAAGGCUGGCAGGCGCACUCUAACUCUGGUUGGUCUGGGAGGCAUGUGCUGCUGUGCUAUUGCCAUGACAGUGGGCCUCAGAUUUCAGAAUGAAUUUUCAUGGAUGAGCUACGUCAGCAUGUCAGCUAUCUUCCUCUUUGUAAGUUUCUUUGAGAUUGGUCCUGGUCCCAUUCCAUGGUUCAUAGUGGCUGAACUGUUCAGCCAGGGACCUCGACCUGCAGCCAUUGCUCUAGCUGGCUGCUGUAACUGGACCAGCAACUUCAUCAUAGGCAUGACCUUUCCGUAUAUACAGGCUUGGUUGGAUUCUUAUGUGUUCAUCCUGUUUGCUGUGCUGCUUUUUGGCUUCAUAGUGUUUAUAUAUCUUCGGGUGCCGGAAACUAAGGGCAAAACCUUUGAGGAGAUUGCUGCUGUCUUCCACAACGGACGCCAGACCCCCACAGAUAAUGAACUGCAGCACCUCAAAACAUCCACAGAUGCUUAAAACAAAAGCUAUUUGCUUUUGGAGUCUCAUUCUGUGAUAUGCAAGAGUAUUUCCUAUAGGUUCAUGUACAUUUAUCGAUUUAAUAUUAUAAUAACUACUUGAUUUGUUGAAGACGAAAGGCUUUAUCGUGGAGAAAUAUAUAUUGUUUUCAAAAUGUAAGUAUUUGACCUACACAAAACCAAUGCUGCAAAGCGUCACGUUUCCGUUAUGCACGGAGAGAGGUUUACAUUUAGGAUAAGUGGGAAAAAAUUGAUGCAUGGAUGGAUGAACUUUUAUUCAAGUAGAGUGACUAUUAAAAUCAUUAUUUUACAUCAACAGAAAAAUCACAACUUUCUGGUUGAAAGGGGUUGCAUAGAGAAUAUUACAACCCAAGUCUGCAGUUCCCUUCAGCUGUACUGAGCAGAGUUUAUAGCAUCUUCAGCUGUCAGGAUGCUUUACUGUUUUGGUUCGCUUCUGCCAUUCUUAUAGUGACAUUUACAGCCAAAGUACAUACUCAAAUUUUUUAGCUUGUAUCUUCUGCCCCCUAGUGGCUAUAAGAAUUACUGCUGGAUAAUUGGUGUAAAGGCAUUUAAAAAACUAUAACUGUGCAAUUAAUGACUGAACUAAUGAAACAGCACUGAUGUUUGAAAAUUUUGAAACAGAAGAGACAACAAAGUAUUAAAGUGCUAUAUUGAUGUUUAGUUGCCACCACAGAUACUAUUUACCUAUGGAAGUAUGUCAACAUUUCCUGUCUACUCAGAACUUAUUUUGUUUAUUGUUUGUUUAAUAUGAAUCCUUUAAUCUGCAGAAUAAUGUGCGUAUAUGUAUGCAUGUGUUUCACACAAACGAAGUUACUCUGUGCUCAUAUUGAAUGUGAGUGCAGGCUGUUGUUGCCUUUGUAAAACUGAGAAGUACUUUGAAAGUUUAUCAUGGUCCAGAAUGCAGCUUAUAAUUGUGAUGUAAAAGCCUGUAAACUAUUUGCACACAAUGGACUAAAAAUUCAGUUACAUGAGUUUGACACAACAUCAAUUCAAAGUCAGUGUCUUGAUUUUUCAGUGAAGGACUUGAUGUGAUUUUAAAGAUUCUUCUUAUUAUUAAUGUUUGCAUCAUCCUACAUGGGGGACCUGGAAAGUAAAGAAAACUUGCAUCUUUAUGAACCAACAUAAAAAAAAAAAAAAAAGAAGCCUAGUACUGUAUCUGCUGGAUAUUUCCAUACAAAGAGUCAGGGAGUUCAGAGAACAGAUGGAUGGAGUGUUUAACUGAUACUAGAGAAAAUUUACUCUGCUUUUAGACACAUCUGCUUACCCUGAAACACAAUCUGUCUUGCUCAGCCCCCAGCAACACCUGGGGAAUAAUUCAAGACCAAUUUCCAGUUGUCAGUGUCAUUGCUUCACUGUAAACAACACAGUUGUACUCUAAAUUAAACUGCAGUGGGUUAACAUACACACGGAAACACAGGAUGCUGCACUAUCUAUGUUUAUCUUCAGCUUUAACAAUAACAACCUCUGAAAAAUGUAUAAACUGUAAAUUGCAAAUGAAAAUGAACUAUAUUCUUUAUGUCUUCAAAAAUAUUGUUUGUUUUUCUCUUUUCAGAGUAUAAUAAAGUCAGUAUUUUAACGGCAACUUCAAA